GUCUGUGCUGAGCUGGGCUGGGCUGGGAAGAGGAGGCUUCCCUGCAGACUGGCGGCGUCGCCUGUCAAUCAGAGCGGACGGCGGGGACUGAGACUGGGGCUGAGGCUCAGACUGUCGGAGAGGCUUCGCCGCUUCAUCCUCAAACCAUCCCCCAAACCCCCGACAGAUCGGAGUCUGCAAACGCCGAAAUGUACGGGUUCGUAAACCACGCAUUGGAAUUGUUAAUCCAACGCAAUUAUGGAUCUCAAGUGUGGGAAGAUAUCAAAAAGGAAGCACAACUGGAUGUGGAAGGGCAAUUUCUGGUACGGAUUAUAUAUGAUGAUUCCAAAACAUACGAUCUAGUAGGUGCAGCAAGCAAAGUCCUCAAAAUUGAUGCUGGUGAAAUCCUGCAAAUGUUUGGAAAGAUGUUUUUUGAAUUCUGCCAAGAAUCUGGUUAUGACACAAUCCUUCGUGUUCUGGGCUCCAACGUUAGGGAGUUUUUGCAGAACCUAGAUGCUUUACAUGAUCACCUGGCUACAAUCUACCCAGGAAUGCGUGCACCAUCAUUUCGAUGCACAGAUGCAGACAAAGGGAAAGGACUUCUCUUGCAUUACUAUUCGGAGAGGGAGGGUUUACAGGAUAUUGUAAUUGGAAUAAUUAAGACAGUGGCACAGCAGAUUCAUGGCACUGAAAUAGAAAUGAAGGUGAUUCAGCAGAGGACUGAAGAGUGUGAUCACAUUCAAUUCUUGAUUGAAGAGAAAGACUCAGCAGAAGAGGAUUGCUCUGAAGACCAGGAUCGUUUUGAAGAGAAUGGUACCCAAGAGUCCAGGAUCAGUCCAGACACAUUUUGCAAAGCAUUUCCUUUCCAUAUUAUGUUUGAUAGGGAGUUCCUGGUGACACAGUGUGGGAAUGCAAUAUAUCGUGUUCUUCCACAGCUGCAGCCUGGAAGCUGUAACCUCUUGUCAGUUUUUUCUCUGGUUCGACCACAUAUUGACUUCACCUUCCAUGGAAUCCUCUCCCACAUCAACACAGUCUUUGUGAUAAGAAGUAAGGAAGGAUUGCUGAAUGUUGAAAAAGCAGAAUCUGAUGAUGACCUGACAGGUGCUGAAAUCAGCUGUUUGCGUUUGAAGGGCCAGAUGAUCUACCUACCUGAAGCUGACAAUAUCCUUUUCCUGUGCUCUCCCAGUGUGAUGAACUUGGAUGACUUGACCAGAAGGGGCCUUUAUCUAAGUGAUAUCCCACUGCAUGACGCCACACGUGAUCUGGUUCUGCUCGGCGAGCAGUUCAGAGAGGAGUACAAGCUUACACAGGAGUUAGAAAUCUUGACUGAUCGACUGCAACACACCCUUCGAGCAUUAGAAGAUGAAAAGAAAAAGACAGAUAGAUUGCUCUAUUCAGUUCUUCCCCAUUCUGUUGCCAAUGAGCUGAGGCACAAACGCCCCAUUCCUGCGAAGCGGUAUGACAACGUCACAAUACUUUUCAGUGGCAUUGUCGGAUUUAAUUCUUUCUGCAGUAAACAUGCCUCAGCAGAAGGGGCCAUGAAAAUCGUAAAUCUUCUCAACGAUCUUUAUACAAGGUUUGACAUCCUCACAGAUUCACGCAAGAACCCUUACGUGUACAAGGUGGAAACAGUUGGUGAUAAGUACAUGACUGUGAGUGGCCUGCCAGAGCCAUGCGUCCAUCACGCUCGCUCUAUCUGCCACCUUGCUCUGGACAUGAUGGAGAUAGCAGGACAGGUGAUGGUAGACGGGGAACCUGUUCAGAUUACCAUCGGGAUUCACACUGGAGAAGUGGUUACUGGUGUCAUAGGUCAGAGGAUGCCUCGCUAUUGCUUGUUUGGAAAUACUGUUAAUCUAACCAGCAGGACAGAGACUACUGGAGAAAAAGGGAGAAUUAAUGUCUCAGAGUACACAUACAGAUGUCUGAUGGGUGCAGAGAAUUCAGACUCACAGUUUCAACUGGAGUACAGAGGUCUGGUUAGUAUGAAGGGCAAGACGGAGCCAAUGAAGGUUUGGUUUCUCUCCAGAAAAUGCACUGAGACUGAAGUGUGACUCAUCCAAGAACAAUGCACUUGGACCCGAAACACUGAAAAUGCAAAACUUCUUUAAUAUAUUGUGAAGCGUUUACUUUCAAUGAAGGACAUUUUUAUAAAUUUCCAAUGAGUAGCAAGAUGCUAUUUAAUCUUUAACAUUGUUCCUCUUAUUUUUAUUCUAUCAUGAGAAUAACUGACUGACACCAGCAAACCCUUUUUUUAAAGUAGUUGUCACAAGUGAAGUCUCGCAGUGCCAAGAUUGAGUGCAAAGUGCUGAAAUAUUUAAUUAAUCAUACCAGGAAACAACCUGCCUCUAGAUUUUUUUUAUUGCAUGCCUUUUCAUGACAUUGAUCAGUAUUGUUUUUAACUGUCACUGAUGGAAUUAACAUGACUGAACACCUGACAGACACGGAAAGUGCCAAACUAAAUUCUUCCCAUUCACUAAAGCUUCUCAGCCUAGUUAUAGUGGUAACAUCCAGCAAUUUGAAGUUUACAAAAAUGUCAGAAUGUUGUUUGAAAUUAUAGUUGUAAUUAAUGUCUGUACGUCAGUCUGUAGUCCUGCUAACAAUGAUACAAUUUCAUUGUUCACCUCCUCCCCAUUCUAUGUUAAUGGAAACAAUGACUUUUACUGAUUUCUAACCUCAAAACCUUCUAACUUCCCAAUAGUAUCCACUAUUUUACAUAUACUUCCAGGUAGAUUUCCAACAUUCCUGUUCCACAUACUCAUAGAACAAUAAUUAACAUUAUGUUCACUGUACUUGACAGAGAAAUGAGUGUUUUAAGUCUUGGGUUGUAUACCAUACUACUGUUGUAACAAGGUUAAUCCAAUGAUAAUUCAAUGUGUCUGUCCCGUCUAUAUUGCAUAAACAUUGAAAUCCGAUGUCUUUAAUUUUUGACUUGUUAAGGAGCCUUCUUA